AAUGUCACUUCUUUUGACACUUGACUGUUUCAGUUUUUGCUCUUUCUUUUUGUACAAGAAGUCAAGAUGAAGAUCGGACUGUGUGCCUACAGUGGUUACAAGAUUUACCCCGGCCAUGGUAAAACCAUGGUUAAGGUGGACGGCAAGACAUUCACAUUCUUAAAUUCAAAAUGUGAAGCCGCUCACUUGAUGAGAAGAAAUCCCCGUAAAGUAACCUGGACAGUGUUAUAUAGGCGUAAGUUCAAGAAGGGUCAAGAAGAAGAACAGGCCAAGAAGCGCACAAGGAGGACACAGAAAUUCCAACGUGCUAUUGUUGGAGCUUCCCUCAGUGACAUCAUGGCUAAGCGCAACAUGAAGCCUGAAGUGAGGAAGGCUCAGAGAGAACAAGCUAUCAAAGCUGCAAAGGAACAGAAGAAGUCCACUAAAGCUGCAAAGAAAGCGACAGCUCCACCAACAAAAGUAAAGGCACCGCCCAAACCUAAGGCUGCCAAAGUCAGUCAAAAGGCUGCACCCCGUGUUGGCGGAAAACGAUAAGGACUAUAAAUAAACACCUCAAUUAA